CGUGCAGCCGCGAUGCCCCGGAGCCCGGCCCUGGCCCGGGUCCCCCGCCCGCCGCCCUACUAGCCUCCGUGCACCCGGAGCGCGCCGCCGCCAACGCCGCGCCCCGACGCAGGGAUGGGCAACACGGUGCACAGGACCCUGCCAGACCCGAGCCCACCAGCUCGCCUCCUGGCCACCCGGCCGUGCUGCGGCCCCGGCCCCGAGCGGCGCCCAGUCCUGGGCGAAGCACCGCGCUUCCACGCACAGGCCAAAGGCAAGAACGUGCGGCUGGAUGGCCACUCGCGCCGGGCCACUCGACGCAACAGCUUCUGCAAUGGCGUCACCUUCACGCAGCGGCCCAUCCGGCUGUACGAGCAGGUGCGGCUGCGGCUGGUGGCGGUGCGCCCGGGCUGGAGCGGCGCACUGCGCUUCGGCUUCACGGCACACGACCCGUCCCUCAUGAGCGCCCAGGACAUCCCCAAGUACGCCUGCCCCGACCUGGUCACGCGGCCUGGCUACUGGGCCAAGGCGCUGCCCGAGAACCUGGCGCUGCGCGACACUGUGCUGGCCUACUGGGCGGACCGCCACGGCCGCGUGUUCUACAGCGUCAACGACGGCGAGCCCGUGCUCUUCCACUGCGGCGUGGCCGUGGGCGGCCCGCUGUGGGCGCUCAUCGACGUCUACGGCAUCACGGAUGAAGUGCAGCUCCUCGAGAGCGCGUUCGCCGACACGCUGACACCCGCGCGCCUCAGCCAGGCCCGCUUCAGCGCCUGCCUGCCGCCCAGCAGCCACGACGCCGCCAACUUCGACAACAACGAGCUGGAGAACAACCAGGUGGUGGCCAAGCUGGGCCACCUGGCGCUGGGCCGCGCCCCGGGCCCGCCGCCCGCCGACGCCUCGGCCGCCGCCAUCCCGUGCGGGCCCCGCGAGCGCCCGCGGCCCGCGUCGUCGCCGGCGCUGCUCGAGGCGGACCUGCGCUUCCACGCGACGCGCGGACCCGACGUGAGCCUGUCCGCCGACCGCAAGGUGGCCUGCGCGCCGCGGCCCGACGGCGGCCGCACGCUCGUCUUCUCCGAGCGCCCGCUGCGCCCCGGCGAGAGUCUCUUCGUGGAGGUGGGCCGCCCGGGGCUGGCGGCGCCCGGCGCGCUGGCCUUCGGCAUCACGUCGUGCGACCCCGGCGGGCUCCGGCCGGCCGAGCUCCCCGCCGACCCCGACGCCCUGCUCGACCGCAAGGAGUACUGGGUGGUGGCGCGCGCCGGGCCCGUGCCGAGCGGCGGAGACGCGCUCAGCUUCACGCUGCGGCCCGGCGGCGACGUGCUCCUGGGCGUCAACGGGCGCCCGCGCGGCCGCCUGCUGUGCGUCGACACCACGCAGGCGCUCUGGGCCUUCUUCGCCGUGCGCGGCGGCGCGGCGGGCCAGCUGCGCCUCCUGGGCACCCUGCAGUCCAGCCCUGCAACCGCGUCCCCAUCAGGGUCCCUCAGCGGCUCACAGGAUGAUAGCGAUUCUGAUAUGGCCUUCAGUGUCAACCAGUCGUCCUCAGCAUCUGAGUCAUCCCUGGUGACGGCACCCAGCUCCCCGCUGAGCCCCCCGGUGUCCCCCGCGUUCUCCCCACCGGAGCCGGCAGGCAGCAAGAAUGGUGAAUGCACGGUGUGCUUUGACGGUGAAGUGGACACAGUCAUCUACACGUGUGGACAUAUGUGCCUGUGCCACAGCUGCGGCCUGCGGCUCAAGAGGCAAGCCCGGGCCUGCUGUCCCAUCUGCCGGCGGCCCAUCAAGGAUGUCAUUAAGAUCUACAGGCCAUAGCCUGGCCCACCAAUGGGCCUGGGCCAGAGCCAGGUCACCUUUCUGAAGGCCCCCUGGGCCAGGCAACCACUAUGGCCAGCAGGGAGUCCAAGGGCAGCAGCCAUCCCAUCUGCCACUCUUCAACAGUGGGCAAGGCGUCACAGUCAUGGAGAUGAGGCCCUGGGAGGUCUGAGCCCAGGCACGGGCUGCUUCUGGCUCAAAAGCGCUUUGCCCCCCAGAGGCCAUCCGGACAGCAAGCUCAGGAACUGCCUAGCAGACCACCCUGUCCCUCGGUGACCUCUCAGCUGGGAAACAGCAUUCUCUGUGCAAUGCUUUUCUCUGGAGUUGGGUCAAGUGUGUGUGAGAGAGGGUGAGGGGAGGGAGUGGCCAGAGAAGAGAGAGGGAAUGUGUGUGAGAGAAUGAGUGAGAGAGAACACAUAGGUAUUUAUCCAGGGAUCCUGGCCCUAGGAGGUUAUUUAACACUAACGAAUGUGCAAUCCCGAGCCCAGACGGUAGCGUGACUAGAAACCGUUCACUUUCUGGGGCUGUAACGUCAGAUGGUUUUGAAUGUAUGAAGCCUGCACCUAAACAGAACUCCCUUGGAUGGUAUAGAACAGGGACACUCAGAUUUUCUAAGGGAAGGAAAAAAAUAGCUCAUUGUUUACAGCUCCAAAGCAGCAAUGCCUUGGGGGGAAGGUGGGUGGAGAACAGAAAAGAACAAUUUGCUUUUUUAGUUUCUUCCCCGGUCCUGGAGAGGAGUUUUGAUGGGUGCUGCGGCCCACUGAGAGCUCUGGGUGGUGUCAUCCCCAGAAGCCUCUUCACCCCUUCACCCCAGACAGCCUAAUAAUAAGCAUAGUGCACCUUGACUCCGUCCCACUAGAUGCUUUUUGUCUGUACCAUCCCUUGUUGUCCCCAAAGAGAAGACAAGCGGCAGGUUCUCUUUUCCUGGGGGAGGGAAAAUCCUGGAGGCAGGUGACUCACCUGGAGUUGGAAGGGCCACUCCAUCAGGCUGACAACUCUCCACAUUUCCUGUUGUAACCCUGGGGCCUGGCAUUCACCAGCAGCUGUGGGCAUCACCAGGGCAGCCUACUGGUGAAGUAGGAGGAAAAGACUUUGCAACUGGUUCUGACACUCAGCUUCUCUUUCACUGCUGAUUACUAAGAUGUUAAAUGAUCAUUAAGAUGUUAACUAAUAGCUGAGACAUUAAAAUGCUGACAUGGGAACCCCCCCCCCUUCCCAGAGCCAUUUGCAGGCACUUCCUGGGACCUGGCCCUGUCCCCCACUUCCUCACCCCUGCCGAAGCCCAUCUCUGCAGACUCCCAGACCGCCCUUGGGCUGAUAGGCUGGCCCAGGCCAGCUCCUGCCCCCAGUUCUGGGCCUAACCUCUGCCCUAGCUUGUGCUGUCCCUUUAAGGAAGCCCUUGGGCCUCUCUGAUUCUCAGUUCCCAAUCUGUCCAAGAUGAGGCCCAGUAUCUGCCCACUCCAGAACCCACGAUAGGACCAGCAUAACAUUGAAAAAGCCUGAGACACCCUGCAAAGAGCAGAUAACAUUUUUAUUACAAUUCCUAAUCUGUUCCUCUGCCGCACAGAUGAUGACAGGGAAAGAACAUUCAGAGAGUUUAUGCAUUCAUAUAACAAAUGUUUGCUGGGUUCCUGGAGGCCCAGAGCCCAGCCCAGUUGGGCCCUCAUCAAAUCAAAUUCUUUAAGACCAAUUGGUCUUUGUGAUGCUCUAGGUCUUGGGCCACCUAUUGCUUCUCUGUCUGGAAGUGGUCAUAGUGUUCUGACCUGAUCUCAACUUCAGAAACUCUACUCUUGCCCCUACAAGAACCCCUAACUGGUUAUUUUCCCUAGUGAAUCUGGGAAACAUGCCUCCAUUUAAAUUUUGUGAUGGAAGUUUUAGGGGAGCAUCUGGAACCCCAGGUUAGGACCUGGAGAAGCUAGGUGGCACUCAGUGCUCAGCUGAAUUUGGCCAGCAGGAGCCAUUUCCCCUAUGUGGGGUGGGGCACACAGACCGUGUGGGAGAGGACUCAUGACCUUCCCCACCCACCAGGACUGGUUCUCCAGCAGUAGCCCUGGCUGGAUUGAGCCGGUCACAUGGUGGUCUCAGAUGCCAGCAGGAGGCAGCUUGUCUCUCCUGCCCUUUGCCCUUCCUAAUGGUCCCCACCUGGGUUCCAGCCACCACCAGGAAACCAGUGACAGGGCCUGGACCUGUGGUGGACCAGGCCAUGCCCCUGGUGACCUGUUACCUGCAACAAAAGGAGCUGGUGGCCUGUCUAACUUGCUCCGCAGCUGCUAUAAAUAGCCUCCCUGUUUCUAAGAGAAAUUAAGGGGGUGUUUAUCUUCUAAAAACCAGAAAUUUCCUGAUGCUCUGAUUUAUUCAGUGCUAUAGAGGAGCUGCUCACAUGCCCUCACAUGGCGGGAGAAAGAGGGAAGGGAACCCCUCUUUUUCAUUUCACAUCAUUAUGUGCCUCGGCACUGGGCUAGAGAGGCAUCUUCACACAUUAAUCCUGUGAGGCAGGUCUUAUUACCCCCACUGAGUCAUAUCUAAAAUGCUACUGAUAAUAAAAUGCACCAUUUUAUGUACUGCCAAGGGGAAAAAAAAACAUGAAUUUUAACUGUAAGAUGCCACAGUUAUACAAUUCAUUCUAAUCAGAGACUUGAAAUGUGAAAACAAACUCUGCUACUUAGAAUUGGUAAAACACGGUAUUAUUCCCAUUUGACGGGUAAGAGAGCUAAGAUCCUGUGAGUAAAGUGACAGGAUCACACGCAGUAGGUGGCAGGCCUGGGAUCCAAACCCAGGCACGUCUGGCACUGAAUCCCACUCUCUUCACUGCUUGGCCCCAAGCCCCAGGCAGCUUGAGGCUGCCUUGAGUUUUCUUUCUUGAAACUUCUAUGGGCUGCCCCUGGAGAGAGCCUGGGCACCUGCACCUGCAUAGAGGGUUCCAGCCCCAGGCUGUGGUCUCUCUGCCACCCAUACCCUAGAAGGACAAGUGUCCUUUCUUCAGUCUCAUCUUCCCACUGUCUCCCUUCUCCUGGCAGAGCUGAGCCAUGUGAGAUCCUGAGCCCAGCCUGGAGACUUCCUCCCAUUGCACAGGGGUGCAAAUAUGGGGCAACAUAGUGGAGGGGCUGAAGGCCUUGUCCCAUUGCCUUCCUGAGCCUCAGCACCAACCCUCCUCCCACCCCCGCAGGCAGAGACUCCAGGGCUAAGAAGCAGGAGAUCACAAGAUACUCCCUUGCUGUGUGUGGUCCUGUGCCUGCUUCUUUCGAACCACCAGAAAAAUUGGGCUGUUUGCAAGUCAAAACAAGCUCCUUUUCCUAGUCCAUUCCCAGAACUAGGAGUCUGGGAUUUAGCUACCCAGGGCAGCUGCUCCCCUAACUGCAGGCACACUUUGCUCAACACCCACUCAUCAGUGUGGCCUGUGUUCUGGACACAGUGUUAGGAAUCGGGACUAAAGACAAAGUCCACAGGGAGUGGACAGUCCAGAGAUGGGCAGAUUUGUAAACUUGUAUUUGCUGUCUUGGCAUUGGGUCCCUGUGCCAGCACAUAGUAGGUACUCAUUCAAAGUUUAUGGAAGAAAUCAGAAAUCAAGUUAUGAGUACUCAGGGGCUUGGUAAAACACCACGUACAUAUGCAUACAAAAUCAUUCAACAAACAUCUGCUGCAUGCCAACUAGGAGUGGGGUGCUGGAAAUGAGGAGCUAGAGGACAGUGCUAGCUCUACCUUCAGAAGGAGACACAUUAAGAGGAUAAUGAGACCCUGGGGCUUUCUUGGCCAUUUGUUGCCUUUGAGGAUCUAUCCUGGUGAGUGCCCAUGACCACUUUCCUGAUCCAGAGCCUCCUGCAUUCUCGAGAAGCCUCCUUUGCAUUAGAAAUGCCAGGCACCUUGCAGUUAGUGGGCUGCUGCCAAAAUAGCCUUGGGCAGAACCCUCAAAGGCUCCACCACUUGAUGAUCACCCUCAAGUCCCGCCAGGGAGACAUGUAGGGAGGUGGCUACCUGCUACUUUCAGGCUUCUGACUAGUUACUAGAAUCAAUCCCUAAGUUCCCAGAGAACCCCAUCACAUCCAGGUGAGAAGAAUGGGCUUGUGCAAAGUCUUGGUGAAUGAGAGGCAGUAACCUCCCCUGCUCAAUCCCAUCUCUGCCCUAGUUCUGGCAGAGGGACGCCUGCUCAGGAACACAUGGCCUCCUGGCAUUUCUUGGUAUUUAGUUGUUUUUCCCAAGCCCCUAAUGAAAUGACUUGUACAACAAUCUGUCUGUGCCUUAUGAAAGUGUCUGUGCACUUUUUAUCCUUUUUAAAUGCAACUUUAAAAAGUGGGCAGGGGACUAGCAUACAUAGUAGUAUUCUAGAAAUAUGUGCUAAUCACUGAAACCCUUCUGCAUUAUGUUUUUGAUGUAGGAGUGAUGAAGUGUAUGUCUCUCAUCCCAUCCCCCCACAACCUGUGUACAGACCUUUUUAAAAAUGUCUCUUAUUCUUAUUUUUCUGAUUCAAUACUGUGACUUCUCCAAUACAAUCUAAUCUUUGGGGAUAUGUAAUACAGGUUUUAAAACUUGGGGGGAGUGGUGGGUUGGGAAGGGUUUGCACCCGUCCUGUGUGUUGUGCUUUUGUGUGUUGUGUGUUUUUGGUUAUGUCUAUUUUUAUCUGUUUUAUAUUAACAUGAUUUUGCUGUUUAAAACAAAAAUACAACUUUGGCUUGUUAAAAAAGAAA